UAUAAAAUGAACACAUCUUGCCACACUCACUGUCUUGUCCAUCACACCUUAGCACAGGACAUAAUGACUGCCUUACACCUGUCUAUUUGGAUUGCAGUAUUUUUUGGUUUCGUUGGAGCUCACCAUGAUACUCUGGAAGAGAAAUACAGCUGGUCAACCAUAGAAUACGCUUAUGACACCGAUGAAGAAUGUGCUGCAGCUUUGGCGGACGGUUCAUAUUGUCCGGAAAAUGUCAUUCCUACAGGAAUAUCUGUCUGGACUGACAAAAUGAUAUUUAUGACAAUUCCUCGCAGGACAUUGACUGGUGUUCCAGCGACUCUUGUCUACAUCUCCUGCGACGAUGAUAGUACCUCUCCUAAGGUAAUCCCGUAUCCAAGCUUCAGCGACAACAACAUCACUGACUGCAACUGCGACAACAUCAUAUCUGUUAAUCGUGGAGCCAGAAUCGACAAGUACGACCGUCUGUGGGUAUUCGACUAUGGAAAAAUUGGAAGAGGAAGCGAUGCCGUGCAGGUAUGUCCACCACGAAUCCAUAUAUUCGACCUAAACACUCACGAGAAGCUCUGCAUGUACACUUUGAAGGACACCGACUACUACCCCACUUCACUUUUCACAUCUAUAGUACUAGACAGCGGAGACACCAGCGACGACUGCUGGUUGUACGCCGCUGACCAGAUCGGAAUCAUCGUCUACUCCCUCAAGGACAACGACUCCUGGCGCUUCGACCAUCCUUACUGCUGGCCCGACCCAAUCGCCUGGCACUACCUCAUCGACCACAUUCACUUCGACUGGCCCAAUGCUGGAGUGUUCGGGCUGGCUCUAUCUGCAUUGAACCACGACGGCUACAAAACCUUUGUAUUUAACCCUCUGUCAGGUUUCCGAGAGUUCUCUAUAUCCACUGAGAUCCUCCAUGAUAAGGAGCGAUGCUACCACAACUACCAUGACGGCCAUAUUGUUGGAUGCGCCAGGCCGUAUCCUGGUCACGUUUCGACACAAGUAAUGGACAGAGAAUCUGGAGUUCUCUUCUUCAACUUGAUCGACAUAAACGCCGUUGGCUGCUGGAACUCGCAUAACCAAUAUGCUGAAUAUGAGUUGGACAUCGUUGCAAAGGAUGAUGAAAAAUUGGUGUGGCCGAGUGACAUCAUUAUCGAUGGGAAUGAAUGUGUUUGGUUAAUGUCCAACCGGUAUAUUGAGUGGCUUUACGGCACUAUGGACUUUACUAACACCAAUUUCAGAUUAUUUUAUGCUUCCGUCCAUGAGCUUAUUCAUAACACGACUUGUGAUCCUUCACAUUUUCAUACAGCACAUCGUGCGCCAAAGGACGGCCAGGAAUAUCCAGCAACGGGUGUACGCUUGGAGUCAAAACCCCUACUCCAAAUCUCUGAGUACUGGUCUCAGUUUGCCCAGCCCCGAGUAAAAGCGUACGGGAAGUCACCUGUUGCAAUGAAAGAGUCGAUCCUUAGGUCUAUGCCGCACUCCCUAUCCAAGGCACAAAAUAGAUUGCAUCCUAACGACGCACUAAGAUACCGCAUAAACAAGGGACGCACCUAUCAACCUCUGCAACACUACAGGAUCCUCUCAGCCUGUCUGUUCCGUCCUGACACGGUAAAGCCCUCGUUUUUCGAGUUCAACAGGUGGCAGGUAGCCCAACAGCCAACAAUCGCAAGCAGAGAGAUCCGGAGACUGGGCAGGCCAUGGGACACCGCUAAAACACGAAAUGGGAUGUCCCAGGAACUUCGUAAGAAAGUCAUCUACCAUGUGCCCAGUCGCUCCAUUUUGGUUAUUUUUAUUGAUAUUGUAUGCAAUUACUUUCAUAUACUGACUUUUAUAAUUCUUGUCAAACUAAUAUGUCAUAUGUUUUUGCAGGAUAUAAUGGCGAGCUUUCCAAAUUUGUUAACCUUAUUAGGUAUCUUUGUUGGUUUUGUUGGAGCUUGUCAUCAAAUAGAUUACAGCUGGUCGUGUCUAGAGUUCGCAUAUGACACUGAGGAAGAAUGUGCUGCAGCACUGGCAGACGGUUCCUACGUUCCGGAAUACGUCAUUCCCACGGGAAUAAAUGUCCAGACUGAGACGAGAGUGUUCUUAUCAAUUCCACGUAGAACACUAACGGGUGUCCCAGCAACCCUCGCUUACUUCAUCUGCGAUGACGUCACUACUUCACCCCAGCUCAUUCCGUACCCAAGCUUUAGUGCCAAUGAUAUAUCUGACUGCAACAACAUCAUAUCCGUCAACCGUGGUCACAGGAUUGACAAAUAUGACCGUCUUUGGGUCUUUGACUCCGGAAGAAUUGGAUUGGGAAGCGAAGAGGUGCAGUUAUGCCCACCAAGGAUCCAUAUAUUUGACCUAAAUACUGAUGAGAAGCUCUGCAUGUACACUUUGAAGGACACCGACUAUCUGUACAACUCAUUCUUCACAUCUAUAGUAGUAGACAGCGGAAACACCAGCGAGGACUGCUGGUUGUACGCCGCUGAUCAGAUCGGCAUCAUCGUCUACUCCCUCAAGGACAACGACUCCUGGCGCUUCGACCAUCCUUACUGCUGGCCCGACCCUACCGCUUGGCACUACCUCAUCGACCACAUUCACUUCGACUGGCCCAACGCUGGAGUGUUCGGGCUGGCUCUCUCGCCAUGGAACCACGACGGCUACAAAACCUUGUAUUUCCACCCUCUGUCAGGUUUCCGAGAGUUCUCUAUAUCCACUGAGGUCCUGCAUGACAAGGAACGAUGCUACCACAACUACCAUGACGCCCAUAUUGUGGGCUGCGAAAGACCGUAUCCUGGUCAUGUCACGACACAAGUAAUGGACCGAGAAACACGUGUUAUGUUCUUCAACAUGGUCGACAUUAACGCCGUUGCCUGUUGGAACUCACAUAUGCCCUAUAUGCCAAAUAACUUCGCCAUUGUGGCUCAGGACGAUGAGGAAAUGGUGUGGCCGAGUGAUAUUGUCAUAGAUGCAAACCACAACGUUUUUGUGCUAGCAAAUGGAUACAUUAAAUGGCUUUACGGCACUCUCGACUGUAGUAACACUAAUUUCAGAAUAUUUACUUCCUCCGUUCAUGAGCUUAUUCACAAUACGACUUGUGAUUCUUCUCAUUACCAUUGAUACCUAUAACUGAUAACCCUUAUAACUAGUAACCAUAUGCAUACUGAAUGUUUCGUAAACUAUGUAACGAAAUCCAAAUAAAAGAUUGUCAUUCUAA